AUGGAGAACUUCAAACUGAGUUAUGGUUACCCCAACUUGUCUAUAAGUGAGGACGACAUCGUGAAACUAAGAUCUUAUACUAUCGUGAACUGCGUUACCAAUGCGUGUUUCUCUUUCACAGCUGCUUUUGGUAAUAGCGUCAUAAUGUUCGUGAUCUGGAGGACUCCAGCUCUACAUUCGCCAUCUUUAACUCUGCUCUUUGGACUGGCCUUAACGGAUUUCUUCGUCGGUUCACUGACUCAACCGCUACAAGUUGUUUGGAGCGUUUUUUACCUGGGAACCGAAAAAGGUGGCCCGAGCGCGCUUAAAGAUGCCUUCGAUGUUCUUUCUGUGAUUUUGUCUUCCGCUUCUUUUUCAACCGCCACUAUCAUCAGUGUGGAUAGGUACCUCGUAUUUCAUCUGCACAUGCGAUAUCCAAUCAUAGUCACCAAUAAGAAAGUCAUAGUUACUAUCGCUCUCUCUUGGCUGAUGUCAAGUUUACUGGGCUUCGUAUGGACACAAAGCACUACAGUAUACUACCUUGCUGCAAUAUUGUCCUUUGCCAUUUCAUUGUUUGUCGUUGUACUGAUGUAUUCUAGAAUCUACAGUGUUGUCAAGCGACAUCAAACGCAAAUAAACACACAAGCACAAGUUCAUGCGCGGCGGCAUGUUUCAUCGCAAAUGCAUUUUGCUCGAUUGACGAGAUCGGCUAUCAACACUUUUUACGUCUGUUUCUUGUUAUUCCUUUUUUAUUUUCCGUACAUCUGCACAGCCAUUGUUAUACAACUAACUGACAACAGUGUGAACAAAUAUAUUGCGCUGCAGUUUACAGGGACAAUAACGUUUAUAAACUCGUCGCUAAAUCCCUUGGUUUACUUUUGGCGGGUCGCCGAGAUUCGAAUAGCGAUAAAAGACACGUUUAAGUGUCGCUGCCCAGUCAGGGGACAUGACACUCAGACUAUCCAAAGGGAAAGCGUAACAGGGACUUCUAGGGGGUAA